GAGAGGAAAUAGAAAUACACGCGCAAUUACGCAAAUUCCAUUCCGCCCUUGUUCUUCUCCUUUUUGACCUUUUUCUCGGAAUUCUUUAUAAUAUUCUUCCUCUCAUUAUUUGUUUAAUUUGCUUCUCUCUCUCUCUCUCUCUCUCUCUCUCUCUCUCGCUUUACGUUUUCUCUGUAUUGAAUAAUAUAUAUAUAUAUAUAUUUGUAGAAUUUUGUUGUUCUUGUCGUACUGGGGAGGACCUCUGAUCUUCUCUAGGUUUAGGGUUUUUGUGGCCCUUUUUGAUCGAUCUGUUCUUUUUCGUUUCCCGAGUUGAUCUCUGGAAUGGGUGCGGAAGGUGAGGCAGCCGAAUCAAGCUUGGGCGUUGGCGGUGGCAAAGAAGUGGCUCUUAAUAUUCGAUGCUCUAACGGAUCGAAAUUCUCAGUGCGGACCAGCCUUGAUGCGACGAUUGAGGGGUUUAAAGCUGUUAUUGCGCAGAACUGUGACGUCCCGGCUGAUCAGCAGAGGUUGAUUUACAAGGGUCGGAUCUUGAAGGACAACCAAACCCUAGCUAGCUACGGUUUACAGGCAGAACAUACUGUUCAUAUGGUGCGUGGUUUUGCUCCAUCUGCAUCAACUCCUGCUCCAGCUGCUGCUACCAAUGCUGGCAAUCCUAAUGCCACUAUAGGUAGUGCACAGGGUCUUGGUUCAAAUGAAGGUGGAAAUUUUGGAGGCAAUGGUCCUGUGCCAUCUUUGUUUCCUGGGCUUGGUAUAAAUCCUCUAGGAGGCUCUGGAGCAUCUGGUUUAUUUGGUGCUGGACUUCCAGAUUUUGAACAAGUGCAGCAACAGCUAACUCAGAAUCCCAAUAUGAUGAGAGAAAUAAUGAACAUGCCUGCCAUUCAGAGCCUGAUGAAUAACCCUGACCUGAUGCGCAGCUUGAUCAUGAGUAACCCUCAAAUGCGUGAGAUUAUUGAUCGUAAUCCUGAACUUGCUCAUGUGCUUAAUGAUCCUGGCAUCCUUCGUCAAACAUUAGAAGCAGCCCGAAACCCUGAGCUCAUGCGGGAGAUGAUGCGAAACACGGAUAGGGCAAUGAGUAAUAUUGAAUCUUCUCCUGAAGGAUUCAACAUGCUGAGAAGAAUGUAUGAGAACGUUCAGGAACCAUUUCUCAAUGCUACUAUGGCGGGAAGCAAUAGAAAUGAUAUGGGGUCAAACCCAUUUGCAGCUCUUUUGGGAAAUCAAGGUGGUGGAGCUCAAACUAGAGAUGGAUCCAACAAUCCUUCAACCACUGGGUUUCAAACAACCACUGGUUCUAUUGCUCCAAAUGCCAAUCCUCUUCCUAACCCCUGGAGUGGUACUGGUGGAGGUCCCCAAGCGAACCCUACUUCGAGGUCGAAUCCUGCUGGGAAUGCCAGGACACCAGGAAUUACUGGGUUAGGAGGUCUUGGUCUCCCAGAGUUGGAGCAUACAUUUGGCAUGCCUGACCCCUCUGCGUUGAAUCAGCUCAUGCAGAAUCCAGCCAUAUCUCAGAUGAUGCAAAGCAUAUUAUCGAAUCCCCAGUACAUGAAUCAGUUUCUUGGCAUGAACCCACAACUCCGAAGUAUACUUGACUCGAACCCUCAGUUCAGAGAAAUGUUGCAGAGCCCAGAAAUUCUUCGGCAGUUAACUUCUCCUGAGAUGAUGCAGCAAAUGUUAGCUGUACAGCAGGCUUUUCUAUCUCAGCUUAACAGGCAGCAGUCAACUCAGGAAACAGCUCAGACUGGUGGGAAUCAAGGAACACAAAACAACAUGGGGCUGGAGUUGUUGAUGAACAUGUUCGGUGGACUUGGAGCUGGUGGAUUGUCUGUUCCAAACGCACCUGAUGUUCCUCCAGAAGAGCUUUAUGCCACUCAACUGUCGCAACUUCAAGAAAUGGGUUUCUUUGAUACCCAAGAGAAUAUCAGGGCUCUACGUGCUACGUCAGGAAAUGUUCAUGCUGCCGUGGAACGACUACUGGGGAACCCUGGGCAGUAGUAGUUAGUGUAACUGUCCUGUCCUGAUGGCCAAUCAAAAGAAAGAUUCAGUUGGACAAUGUAAAAUUAAUCAAUUUGAGGUGAGUGUCUUGUGAAGAAGACAAGAUGAUGAUGAUGAUGUAUUGGCACUUGGUAGUUCCAUUUUGGGCCGUGCCAAUAAGAAAGCACAGGCUUCAGUGACGAGAUAUGUUAACUUGGCGGAGAAAGGCUUUCUUUUUUUUUUGUUUUUUUUGGGCUUUUACCAGACAGACAGACAGACUGUUGCGUCCCCCCCCCCUCUUUUUUUUAAUCUCUGUGCCAGUUCAGUUGCCGAUGUACAUACACAUUCUGAGUAUUCUUCUGGGAAGUAUUUUCCAUAUGUUCAUAUGGGCAUUUUAAGUUAAGUGUUAGGCUGUGAUUGGGGUUUGUUUUUUAUUUACCUUCUUGAUGGAAUGAAUAGGCAUUGUUUCCGGGUGUA